AUGGAUGAAGGCUUCAGAGACCGGACAGCCUUCAUCCGUGGGGCCAAAGACAUCGCCAAGGAAGUAAAGAAGCACGCGACCAAGAAGGUGGGCAAAGGUGUUGACCGGGUGCAGGACGAGUACACCAAGCGCUCCUACGCACGCUUCGAGGAGGACGAUGACGACGACGACUACCAGCCUCAAGACGGCUACUACCGCGGGGAGCCGUCGGUCGACGACGAAGGGGCCUCCAGCGAUGCCACCGAAGGCCACGACGAAGACGACGAGAUCUACGAGGGCGAGUACCAGGGCAUCCCCCGCAACGACUCCCUCAAAGGGGGGGACCCCCUGACGGCCAACCAGGAAGUGGUGAGCGAGUUCAGGGACUUUGACGAUCUGGAAGGGGACAGGAAGAAGGAGAAGGAGGAGUUGUCCCAGCAGUACGAGCUGAUCCUGCAGGAGUGCGGACACGGGCGCUUCCAGUGGACCCUGUACUUUGUGCUCGGACUCGCCCUCAUGGCCGACGGGGUGGAGAUCUUUGUGGUGGGCUUUGUCCUCCCGAGCGCCGAGAAGGACAUGUGCUUGUCAGACUCCAACAAGGGCAUGCUGGGCCUCAUAGUCUACCUGGGGAUGAUGGUCGGCGCGUUCCUGUGGGGCGGCCUGGCGGAUCGGCUGGGGCGCAGGCAAUGCCUCCUGAUGUCCCUUUCCGUCAACAGUGUCUUCGCCUUCUUCUCGUCCUUCGUCCAGGGCUACGGCACGUUCCUCUUCUGCCGGCUGCUCUCCGGCGUGGGCAUCGGGGGCUCCAUCCCCAUCGUCUUCUCCUACUACUCCGAGUUCCUGGCCCAAGAGAAGCGGGGGGAGCACCUCAGCUGGCUGUGCAUGUUCUGGAUGAUCGGGGGCAUCUACGCCUCGGCCAUGGCCUGGGCCAUCAUCCCGCACUACGGGUGGAGCUUCCAAAUGGGCUCUGCGUACCAGUUCCACAGCUGGCGUGUCUUCGUCCUGGUCUGUGCCUUCCCCUCCGUCUUUGCCAUCGGGGCUCUCACCACCAUGCCGGAGAGCCCACGCUUCUUCUUGGAGAACGGGAAGCACGAUGAAGCUUGGAUGGUUCUGAAGCAGGUUCAUGACACCAACAUGCGAGCCAAGGGGCACCCUGAACGGGUCUUCUCAGUGACCCAUAUCAAGACUAUCAAACAGGAGGAUGAACUAGUGGAGAUCCAGUCUGACACGGGGACUUGGUACCGACGCUGGAUGGUCCGUUCUUUGAACCUUUCGCAGCAAGUAGGUGUCUGGGCCAAUUUUCACCAGUGCUUCGCUCCCGAGUAUCGCCGAGUGACUCUGAUGAUGAUGGCCGUGUGGUUCACCAUGUCUUUCAGUUACUACGGCUUGACUGUCUGGUUCCCGGACAUGAUCAAGCACCUGCAGAAUCUGGAGUACGCCUCCCGCACCAAGGUCAUUGACCGGGAGCAAGUGCACCACUUCACCUUCAACUUCACCUUGGAGAACCAGAUCCACAGCCGUGGGGAAUACUUUAACGACAAGUUCAUAGGCCUCAAGAUGAAGUCGGUCUCCUUUGUGGACACCUUGUUUGAGGAGUGCUACUUUGAAGACAUCACGUCCAGCAAUACUUUCUUCAAGAACUGCACCUUCCUUUCCACCAUCUUCUUCAACACGGCCGGGUCGAGCGUCAUGUCUUGCGUGAGCUGCUUCUUCUUGUCCUUCGGGAACAGCGAGUCGGCCAUGAUCGCCCUCCUCUGCCUCUUCGGGGGAGUCAGCAUCGCCUCCUGGAACGCCCUGGACGUCCUCACGGUGGAGCUGUACCCCUCGGACAAAAGGACCACCGCCUUCGGCUUCCUCAACGCCCUGUGCAAACUGGCCGCCGUCCUGGGCAUCAGCAUCUUCACCUCCUUCGUGGGCAUCACCAAAGCGGUGCCCAUCCUGUUGGCGUCGGCGGCACUCGCCGUGGGCAGCUCGCUGGCCCUGAAGCUGCCAGAGACACGGGGGCAAGUUCUACAGUGA